GAUCACUGUGCAGUCAGCCUUAAACACCAGAUUGCACACCCCCAGCUUUCUUCACAUUAAUUUAAAAAUCUUAUAGCAAAAUUCUCAUAAAGUAUAUGCAAUUUCAUUUAUUUUUAGUCACAAAUCAGCAUCUUCAAAAUGAUGAGGAUUUUGACAGCUUGCAAAGUGGUGAAGACCCUGAAGACAAGUUUUGGCUUAAACAGUGUGACUGCACACCAUCCAUGGAAAUUUUCAAGACCUGGCAUCAGGCUCCUUUCUGUCAAGGCACAGACAGCGCACAUUGUCCUGGAAGAUGGAACUAAGAUGAAAGGUUACUCCUUUGGCCAUCCAUCCUCUGUUGCUGGUGAAGUGGUUUUUAAUACUGGCCUAGCAGGGUACCCGGAAGCUCUUACUGACCCUGCUUACAAGGGACAGAUUCUCACCAUGGCCAACCCUAUUGUUGGGAAUGGUGGAGCCCCUGACACUACUGCACUGGAUGAACUGGGACUUAGCAAAUAUUUGGAGUCCGAUGGAAUUAAGGUUGCAGGUUUGCUGGUACUGAAUUAUAGUGAUGACUACCACCACUGGCUGGCUGCCAAGAGUCUAGGGCAAUGGCUACAGGAAGAAAAGGUCCCUGCAAUUUAUGGAGUGGAUACAAGAAUGCUGACUAAAAUAAUUCGAGAUAAGGGUACCAUGCUUGGGAAGAUUGAAUUUGAAGGUCAGUCUGUGGACUUUGUGGAUCCAAAUAAGCAGAAUUUGAUUGCUGAGGUUUCAACCAAGGAUGUCAAGGUGUAUGGCAAAGGAAAUCCCACGAAAGUGGUAGCUGUAGACUGUGGGAUAAAAAACAAUGUAAUCCGCUUACUAGUAAAGCGAGGAGCGGAAGUGCAUGUAGUGCCCUGGAAUCAUGAUUUCACCAAGAUGGAGUAUGAUGGGCUUUUAAUUGCUGGUGGACCUGGGAACCCAGCUCUUGCACAACCACUAAUUCAGAAUGUCAAAAAGAUCUUGGAGAGCGAUCGCAAGGAACCAUUGUUUGGAAUCAGUACAGGAAAUUUAAUAACAGGAUUGGCGGCUGGUGCCCAAGUCUACAAAAUGUCUAUGGCCAACAGAGGGCAGAAUCAGCCUGUUUUGAAUAUCACAAACAGACAGGCUUUCAUUACUGCUCAGAAUCAUGGCUAUGCCCUGGACAGCACUCUUCCUGCUGGUUGGAAACCACUUUUUGUGAAUGUCAAUGAUCAAACAAAUGAGGGGAUUAUGCAUGAGAGCAAACCCUUCUUUGGUGUGCAGUUCCACCCAGAAGUCAGCCCAGGGCCAACAGACACUGAGUACCUGUUUGAUUCCUUUUUCUCACUGAUAAAGAAGGAGAAAGGUACCACAAUUACAUCAGUUCUACCGAAGCCGGCCCUAGUAGCAUCUCGAGUUGAGGUUUCCAAAGUCCUUAUCCUAGGAUCCGGAGGUCUGUCCAUUGGUCAGGCAGGUGAAUUUGAUUACUCGGGAUCGCAAGCUGUAAAAGCCAUGAAGGAAGAAAACGUCAAAACUGUCCUGAUGAACCCAAACAUUGCAUCGGUGCAAACCAAUGAAGUGGGCUUAAAGCAAGCAGAUACUGUCUACUUCCUCCCCAUCACCCCUCAGUUUGUCACAGAGGUUAUCAAGGCAGAACGGCCAGAUGGAUUAAUUCUAGGCAUGGGUGGCCAGACAGCUCUGAACUGUGGAGUGGAACUAUUUAAGAGAGGUGUGCUCAAGGAAUAUGGUGUGAAAGUCCUGGGAACCUCAGUUGAAUCCAUUAUGGCCACAGAAGAUAGACAGCUGUUCUCAGACAAACUAAAUGAGAUUAAUGAAAAGAUUGCUCCAAGCUUUGCAGUGGAAUCGAUUGAGGAUGCACUGAAGGCGGCAGACACCAUUGGCUACCCGGUGAUGAUCCGUUCUGCCUAUGCCCUGGGUGGGUUAGGCUCAGGCAUCUGUCCUAAUAGGGAGACCUUACUGGACCUCAGCACAAAGGCCUUUGCUAUGACCAACCAGAUUCUGGUGGAGAGGUCAGUGACAGGUUGGAAAGAAAUAGAAUAUGAAGUGGUCCGAGAUGCUGAUGACAACUGUGUCACUGUCUGUAACAUGGAAAAUGUUGAUGCCAUGGGCGUUCAUACAGGUGAUUCAGUUGUUGUGGCCCCUGCCCAGACGCUCUCCAAUGCGGAGUUUCAGUUGUUGAGACGUGUUUCAAUCAAUGUCGUUCGCCACUUGGGCAUCGUGGGUGAAUGCAACAUUCAGUUUGCCCUUCAUCCUACCUCAAUGGAAUACUGCAUCAUUGAAGUGAAUGCCAGACUGUCCCGAAGCUCUGCCCUGGCCUCAAAAGCUACUGGCUACCCAUUGGCAUUCAUUGCUGCAAAGAUUGCCCUAGGAAUUCCACUUCCAGAAAUCAAGAACGUUGUAUCAGGGAAAACGUCAGCCUGCUUUGAACCGAGCCUGGAUUACAUGGUUACCAAGAUUCCUCGCUGGGAUCUUGAUCGUUUUCAUGGCACUUCUAGCCGAAUUGGUAGCUCUAUGAAAAGUGUAGGAGAGGUCAUGGCUAUUGGUCGCACCUUUGAGGAGAGUUUCCAGAAGGCUUUACGGAUGUGCCACCCUUCUAUAGCUGGUUUUACUUCCAGUCUCCCAAUGAACAAAGAGUGGCCAUCCAACAUUGAUCUCAGAAGAGAGCUGGCUGAACCAUCCAGCACCCGCAUCUAUGCCAUCGCCAAGGCCUUGGAAGACAAUGUGUCCCUGGAUGAGAUUAUGAAGCUCACAUCCAUUGACAAGUGGUUUUUGUAUAAGAUGCGUGACAUUUUAAGCAUGGAAAAGACACUAAAAGGGCUCAACAGUGAGUCCAUUACAGAAGAAACCCUGAAAAAGGCAAAGGAGAUUGGGUUCUCAGACAAGCAGAUUUCAAAAUGCCUCGGGCUGACUGAGGCGCAGACAAGGGAGCUGAGGUUAAAGAAAAACAUUCAUCCUUGGGUUAAACAGAUUGAUACACUGGCUGCAGAAUACCCAUCAGUAACAAACUACCUCUAUGUUACCUACAAUGGUCAGGAGCAUGAUAUCAAUUUUGAUGAACAUGGAAUGAUGGUACUGGGCUGUGGUCCAUAUCACAUUGGCAGCAGCGUGGAAUUUGAUUGGUGCGCUGUCUCCAGUAUCCGCACUCUGCGUCAGCUUGGCAAGAAGACAGUGGUGGUGAACUGUAACCCCGAGACCGUGAGCACAGACUUUGAUGAGUGUGACAAACUGUACUUUGAAGAGUUGUCUUUGGAGAGAAUCCUAGACAUCUACCAUCAGGAGGCAUGUGGUGGCUGUAUCAUAUCAGUCGGGGGCCAGAUUCCAAACAACCUGGCAGUCCCCCUGUACAAGAACGGUGUCAAGAUCAUGGGCACGAGCCCUCUGCAGAUCGACAGGGCUGAGGAUCGCUCCAUCUUCUCAGCUGUCUUGGAUGAGCUGAAGGUGUCUCAGGCACCAUGGAAAGCUGUUAACACUUUGAAUGAGGCAUUGGAAUUUGCGAAGUCAGUGGGCUACCCCUGCUUGUUGAGACCUUCCUAUGUUUUGAGUGGGUCUGCCAUGAAUGUGGUAUUCUCCGAGGAUGAGAUGAAAAAAUUCCUAGAGGAGGCCACUAGAGUCUCUCAGGAACACCCAGUGGUGCUGACAAAAUUUAUUGAGGGGGCCCGAGAAGUGGAAAUGGAUGCUGUUGGCAGAGAUGGAAGAGUCAUCUCCCAUGCCAUCUCUGAACACGUGGAAGAUGCAGGCGUCCACUCAGGAGAUGCUACUCUGAUGCUGCCCACACAAACCAUCAGCCAAGGAGCCAUUGAAAAGGUGAAGGAUGCUACCUGGAAGAUAGCAAAGGCUUUUGCCAUCUCUGGCCCGUUCAACGUCCAGUUUCUUGUCAAAGGAAAUGAGGUCUUGGUGAUUGAGUGUAACCUGAGAGCUUCUCGAUCCUUCCCCUUUGUUUCCAAGACCCUUGGGGUAGACUUCAUUGAUGUGGCCACCAAGGUGAUGAUUGGAGAGAACAUUGAUGAGAAACUCCUUCCGACAUUGGAGCAUCCUAUAAUUCCUGCUGACUAUGUUGCAAUUAAGGCUCCAAUGUUUUCUUGGCCCCGGUUGAGAGACGCUGACCCCAUUCUGCGUUGUGAGAUGGCUUCUACUGGAGAGGUGGCUUGCUUUGGUGAAGGUAUUCAUACCGCUUUCCUAAAGGCAAUGCUUUCCACAGGAUUUAAGAUACCCCAGAAGGGCAUCCUGAUUGGAAUUCAGCAGCCAACACAAAUAAGUGAAUAAACAACUAAAAAAAAAAAGGAAGAAAGAAAAGAAAAAAAUCUCUAGUGAAGUGAUACUUAUCCUGAACAGGAUUUAGGGUAACUUCAAAAGGAUUCUAUUCUACUCUUUGGUUACACCUUUUCUAUAUUUUUAUUCUUAGUUCUACCUCCUUAGCCUCUGAACCUAGGCUUUCCAUAAGGUUGGGUCUCAACUCUUUUUCUGAGUCUGUAUCUAUGUCUGUGUCUAGUUCUUUCUCUUGACUUUCUCCUUUGCCAGCUCAUUCAUGUCUGUGGUAUCCACUCUCCAUCUAAAAAUAUCAACUUUAAAUCUUUAUCCUCAGCCAUCCCGUUUCCAACAAUUUGCUGGAUACCUCUAUCUGGAUGUCUCAAACACAGCACAUCCCAAACUGAAGUCAGUAUUAUCCCCUCCUGACCUCUGUUCCUUCCUUCCUUACAUUCAUUCAUUCACAUUUCAAUUUCUACUAAAUGUCAAAGAUUCAAAGUUGAAGAAGACAUGGGCAUUAUUUGAGAAAUUUUCUUAGCCUGACACUCCAAGACGAAUUGAAAGUUCUUAAAGGGCAGUGACUUCAUGGGCUUAAGAAAGUCAGCACAUCCCACAGUGUACUGUGGAAGUUCUUGAAAUAUUGUUACUUAGUAAACCUUCUAAGUCAAAGCAGGGUGAAGUAAUUAUACGUGAAUAUCUUCAUACAGUGAGAAGGACAUUAUUGGUUUACUGUUGCAAGUCAAAUGUAAAUCUUAGGGCAAAAUGGGAGCCAGGAAACUCUUAUUACUCCUUGGAAUAUUAUUACAAGAGUGUACAAACUGUUUGUUUAUAAAUUUCCUGAAAAAUACUAGAUGUUUCCCAACUGAUCAUUCACUUUCAUUUGAGGUUAGUAAUUCUUGGAGCCUAUAAUAACAAUAGAUGGUUUUAUAUAUCACCCCUGCCAUACUUUUAAUAAUUUCAAAUCCUGCAUGGUUACAUACAAAUCAAUAAAAAUAAAAUUAGAAUAAUACCAGGUAUUUUCAAAUCAGUGGGUAAUUAUUAGAGAUGCUGUCGCAUUAGAGUGCCUUAAUAUCAGCAAAUUAGUCUCUGGAGACUGGAUGGGUAGCGGCUUUGGAGAAGUUUCUGCAAAGACUAAAUUGGGAUUUUGCUUCAUAAAGGUGCCAGAAGGGCGAUGGUGAACAGUUAGAACAGAAGCUAACAAGAUGAAUUGCAAUUGCGAAGCUUAAUGGCAGUUCAGAGACACAUCACACCAUAUGAGAGACUCAUCACAUUAUAAUGGGUAUUAAGUAUUAUUAAGUCACAAGUAUAAGAGUAUUUCUCCAACUUCUAGUUAUGGCUUAAAGUUUAAUGUGAGACCUGGGGGCAUCCAGAGGAGACCAUGCCCUUAGUCCCCGUCCUCACAACUAAUCAGAAUAGUGCUAACAUUUUAAAAUACCACUUUAAGAAGGCAGUGAUGUAUAAAAUAGUGCCUUGUUUGGUUCCAGUGCUGCAGGGAAAUGUAAAGCAAAAAUUAAUUUGAUCCCCAUGAAGUACUAGUGUGAUUUUGGCAUCAGUGAACAGAAUUUUUGCUUUGUAGGGAAAAAAGGGGGUUUGUAGGGGAAAAAAAAGUUUUCUUAAAGCAAUGAGGUUUUGUCCAUUUAAGUUUUACCUUUCAGUGUAUUCUUUUUUAAAGAAAUCAGUGUUCCAGCAGCUACAUGAAUUUUUGCAAAGAACUUUCUCC